UAAGCGGCAUAGAAAAGGAAUUAAAUUUAUAGAAAGUUGAAAUAGUUGGAAACAACCAACAGCAGAAAUUUAAAAAAAAGGCAGUACAUUUUCGAAAAUAAAGUCACAAUAUUAAGAGGAAAAAGUUGUAAUCUAAUGAAACAAAAACAGUUGACCUAUUGAAGAAAAAACAUGUUUUUUAAGUAAUACUAUUGUGGAAAACAAAACAAAAAAUUCGGGGAAAAUUAAGUUGGGGAAAAGUUAUAAUAUAGUGGGAAUAAAGUCAUAAUACAGGUAUUACGUGAAGAAAAUUUAAGAUUUUUAAGAAGAAAUGAGAAGUAUUUGAAAAUAUUUUUUAAAAAUGGGAAAAAAGGAGUGUAGUUGAUACUUAUAAUAUGCUUUUUCACCUCCAGUAUAUGACAAAGCUGAGAUGUUGUUUUUCUUAAACAUAUAGAACUUCUUAGCAUAUCUACUACGGAUGCGCCAAUCGAUCGGCCACCGAUUAGUAUCGACCGAUUUCCAUAAAAAACAUGUGUUCGGCAUAUGCCGAUAAAAGAUUGCCGUGCGGUGGCGACAUGACAAUUCAUGUCAUGACAAACACAGACAUGACAUGAAUGUGCAUGUGUGCUGUGUCACGGAGGGUUGACAACACCCAUAUUGAGCCGACAGAGAACGCACUUUUGUACCGUAUUGCCGCGAGAAUCAACACUAGUCUGUAAAAUCUCCAAUGGUUUCAGUUUGACAGCUCGACACAGGCUAUGCAAAUCGAUGCCAGUGUGUUUGAUCACUGCCUUGUCAAACCUAUUGCUGUUGGACUUUUCUUGCAUCUUUCUAUACAUGCUUUGCCUAGCUGUCCGCAGCUACCUAGCUAGAAUGAUCUGCUUAGCUUCUCAUCUUCGGACUCCAAAUUUGACUUAUUACCACAGUGACGUUUUGUUUUUAAAACAAACAAGCAAUGCGGUUAGUUUGGAGCUCAUAUUUCUCCCACGGGGAAGUGGAUAUUACGUCCAUCGGGUGACUGAGGUGUGCGGGGCCAAGCGUCUGGGAUACUUCGGCACGCCUCAGUUCUAUGUGGCGCUCAAGCUGCUCGCCGCCGCCCAGGCAGGUUUACCCGUCCGCCUGGAGAGUGCAUCAGCAGCCAAUCUACCUCUGCCUAGAUUUGUCGGGAUUCAAGUGGAAGCGCAGGUGGGAUACGCCGAGGAAGGUGUGAGAAUGUGCCAAGGUUUGGACUCCAGUGCUGAGCAGAAGUCAUGGUCGCCGCCACCGCCAUCGCCAUGCAGCUCGCCACCCCGCUCCCCGCCGGCCUACCACACCUCUGAGUAUACAGCACACAGGAAAAUGGCCGACACAGUACUGCAGAAGGAGCAGCAACACUCCUCUCCCAGUCCCUAUGGGACCACAGCACAGGCAACAACAAGUGACCAUCAGCAUAUGGAUGAAGACGACAACGACCCCUGGAGGAUGACAGAGGAACAGCGGGAGUAUUACACCAAUCAGUUUCAAAGCCUUCAACCCGACUUGGGGGCUUUUAUUUUGGGUGCUGUUGCAAAGAACUUUUUCACCAAAUCCAAACUCCCAAUACCAGAACUAUCGCACAUUUGGGAAUUGAGUGACAUGGACCGAGACGGCGCCCUCACCUUCUCUGAGUUCUGCACCGCUUUCCAUUUGAUUGUGGCCCGCAAGAACGGCUUCCCUCUCCCGGAGAGCCUGCCGCCGAGCCUGCGUCCGGGAUGUGCGCCGCAAGACAAGGACGCCCCUCAACACACACAGCCUCUUCUGGUUUUUGGGGACAGCAACGCGGGACUGAAUAAGAUGAAUGUGCCGGAGGCAAUAGAAAAAGCAGCUGCAGGCUGGAAAUGGCUGCCAGGUUGUACGUGGGACACCCCUGCUCCAGCAAGCAUGAGCGCAACAGUGAGCGUGGCCAAGGCUCAGCAGGAUGUGGAAGAGGAAAGCCGUAAAGCAGUAUGCUCUUUCAGGAGCGUGGUGGCGUUGCAGGAAGGAGCAACUCUGCAAACUGGUGCUUUUUGUGGGAGGCCAGGGCCGCCAUCUAUUUGUGGCAGUCACGUUUGCAUAAUCGAGCAUGACGCCUUUGCAAAAUGGCCUUCCUCUCAGGACCUCGACCCGCACACCAAGACCAAAACCCGACCCAGGUCGUUCUCCAGCACGUCCAUUGAAGACGCCAUGAGGAAGGUGGAGGAGCCUCCCACGCCGCCUCCUCGACCCCAAAAGAGCCACUCCAGAGCCUCAUCGCUGGACCUCAACAAGCUCUUCCAGCAGGGGGCGCCAGGGCUAAAAAGUGGAUGGCUGCCUCCUCCUCCUCCUCCUCCUGCACUCCCUCCUAGACCAUCCAGCUCACAGGUUCCUCCACAUUUUGUCGCAACGGACAAGACUCCUCCACAUACCAAAGUGCAGCAGCCAAACUUUGCAGACUUCAGUCGCUUUGCAGAAGAGGACACAAGUGGAGGUUGUCGCAGCGACCAAGCUCCACCGAAGCCGCUUCGAAGGAAGUAUCGCCCAGAUGGCUGGAAUCCAGAGUCUGUAGCGCCACCUAGUGCGCCAUUUGUCACCCCCAGCAAGCCCAAUCAAAAGCAGAAGCGCAAGAUCCAGAUGGCGAUCCGGAAAACUAAGGAAAGCAACGCCGUAUUGACGCGACUGAACAGCGAGCUCCAGCAGCAGCUGAAGGUGGUCCACCAUGAGAGGGUCACCUUGGAGACUCAGCUGGACCUCCUUCGUCCCGUGGCCUCGACGGGAAGCUAGUGAGCGAUCACUCAAGCACCGUAGAAGAGAUAAUGGGGGCUCUGGCCUCGUUAUUGUAGACCUCCAAUCCCUGGAUCAACGGGUGGGGCGAGCGCUCUCUCCCAGCCGCUCAGAGUUAUCGGCACGCACCGCGGACCCGGAUCAUCCCGCUGUGCUGCCGCUGGACCCACCCUCCACGCCACACAGAGAGCCGCACAUGCCAGCCCCGCCACGUUUUUCAGGUGAGGGCUCCUGCGAGCAGUUUUUGCAUUUAUGCACAUUGGCUUUUGAUCAGCAAUCAAGCACGUUUGCCUCGACGAGCACGCCAGCACGGCGGACGAGACCCACACUCCGUGGGGAGGAUGAGUGUAGCUACGACGGGCCAUCCACCUCUCCCUUGGAUGAACCCAUGCAACUCGGGGGACGGCGUAUCUCCGCAGCAGAACGCUCCCGCCGCCGACGCCUACAAUUAUGCCUCUACUGUGGCAGUGGGGACCACCGCCUCGCGAGGUGUCCAGACAAGCCAUCUCGCCGACCCCAGUCAUCGUCAGAUACGGUCAGUCCUGAGCGGCCGUUAUCACCCAGGCAUCGACGCCCAAGUAAGGAUCGUGCCAGCCAACCUCUCCGUGAGUAUGUGACAGUGGGUGGGGGCAAGAAGGAGUUUCCGCUGGACCCUCAGAGACUCCAAUUGGCUGGUACAUUAACUGGGGGGGUAGGCGGAUUCCUAUCACCGCCCUAGUGUCUAGUCUGGUGCCGAUGACUGUUUCUUAGACUCGGAAUUUGUUCAUAAGCAUAAAUUACUGUUAAGCUUAAGAACCCCAAGGAGGUGCACUCCUUAGAUGGGCGACGACUAGCCACAGUCACCCACCAAACAGACUCUCUGGCAUUACUCCUGUCAGGCAACCAUCACAAGAUGAUUAGAUUCUGUAUUAUUCCAUCCCAAUCUUCCCCUUUGGUGUUGGGGCCUCCAUAACCCCGUUUUUAAUUGGGAUCGUAAUAAGGUUGUUUCUUGGGGAAUUAAUUGUUAUGCGCGAUGCCUUCGUUCCGCUGUGUCUCCGGGGCCACCUCCCGUGAUUUGGUCGGAGCCUAAUGACCUUACUAACGUGCCUAAAGUAUACCAUGACCUCCAGGAGGUCUUCAGUAAAGACUCGGCCCAGUGCUAGCCACCACACCGCCCCUACGACUGCGCAAUAAAAUUACUCCGAGAUGCACCACUUCCUAAAUCACGCAUUUAUAAUGUCUCAGGUCCAGAACAAAAGGCUCUGAAGAACUACAUUACCUCGUCCUUAGCAGCAGGUCAUAUCCGCCCUUCCUCCUCUCCCUUGGGGGCAGGUUUCUUUUUUUGUUGCUAAAAAGGACGAUUCACUCCGACCGUACAUUGACUUUAGAGGACUUAACGACAUUACGGUGAAAAACAAAUACCCGUUACCGCUCAUGGAUUCGGCAUUCUCCACCUUACACGCAGCCAAAUGGUUCACUAAACUCGACCUGCGCAACGCUUACCAUUUGGUACGGAUACGGGAGGGGGACGAGUGGAAAACGGCAUUUAUGGGCCACUAUGAGUAACUGGUCAUGCUGUUUGGGCUCACUAACGCGCCGGCAACUUUUCAAUGUCUUAUUAACGAUGUCCUCCGGGAUAUGAUUGGUCAGUACUGCUUUGUAUAUUUGGAUGAUAUACUCAUCUUCUCCAAAUCCUUACAGGAACACGUGCAACACGUUCGCCAAGUCCUCCAGCGGCUACUGGAGAAUCGUUUGUAUGCCAAAGCAGAAAAGUGUGAGUUCCACUCCGCCUCCGUCUCAUUUUUGGGAUUUAUUGUGGAGAAGGACAAGCUUCGAGCUGAUCCCGCCAAAGUACAGGCGGUGGUCGAUUGGCCUUCUCCUACAUCAAAGAAGCAUCUGCGGAGGUUCCAAGGCUUCGCAAAUUUCUAUCGCAGAUUCAUCCACAACUUCAGUAUUAAGGCGGAACCUCUAACGAGGCUCACAUCCACCAAAGUACCUUUAUUUGGUCCCCGGAGGCGGAGAAGGCGUUUUGCAAACUUAAGACACUUUUUACUACCGCGGCAGUACUCGCUCAUCCUGACCCCAUAUUACAGUUCAUAUAGUGGAGGUCGAUGCGUCGGAUACAGGAGUGGGCGUCGUACGCUCCCAGAGGUCCCCAACUGAUAAUAGACUGCACCCGUGCGCAUUCUUCUCUCGUCGCCUCACUCCAGCCGAAAAGAAUUAUGAUGUGGGGAAUCGCGAGCUGCUGGCCAUUGUGCUUGCGUUACGGGAGUGGAGGCAUUGGCUCGAGGGUGCGGCAGAACCAUCCAUCAUCAUCACGGACCAUAAAAACCUGGCUUACAUCCGCUCCGCACAAAGACUCAAUUCCCGCCAGGCACGCUGGUCACUGUUUUUUACACGUUUUGAUUUCUCCAUAACUUUCAGACCUGGAUCACGGAACGCCAAGCCGGAUGCCCUGUCCCGAAUCUUCGGCCCGGCUGAGGAGGACAAGAACCAUUAUACCUGUGGCCAGGGUGUUGGGCGCGAUCCAGUGGGAGGUGGAGAAACGAGUAAAAGACGCUACUACUGGCUCGGACGCUCCGGAGGGGUGUCCACCAGGUAAACUGUUCGUCCCCACGGAAGUGAGGUCCGAGGUCCUUCAGUGAGCCCAUGCAGCAAAGGUAUCCUGUCAUCCGGGAACAAGACGCACGCUGUUCGUGAUAGGACAAAGAUUCUGGUGGCCAUCUAUGGCAGCGGACGUCAGGAGUUACGUCUCGGCCUGCUCUGUCUGUGCCCGGAGCAAGCCCUCACAUCGACCACCUGCGGGAUUACUCCAACCACUCCCCAUCCCACCACGACCGUGGUCACACGUCACUCUGGACUUUGUUACAGGACUCCCCUCAUCCCACGGUAACACCACCAUCCUCACCAUUAUCGACCACUUUUCUAAAAUGACUCAUUUUGUAGCCCUGCCAAAGCUACCCUCCUCUUUAGAGACCGCUUGUCUCCUGGUUAAACACGUGUUUCGGCUCCAUGGUAUCCCGCUGGACAUAGUCUCCCAUAGGGGCCCCCAGUUCUUAUCACGUGUCUGGAAAAGUUUCUGCAGGGCUCUGGGUGCCAAGGUCAGCCUCACAUCCGGACAUCACCUAAGUCCAACGGCCAGACAGAGCGGGCCAAUCAGGACCUGGAAGCCGCCCUCCGCUGUAUCUGCUACCGGUAGCCCUCCUCCUGGUCGGCGCACCUCCCCUGGGUCGAGUACGCCCACAAUUCAUUGAUCAGCUCGGCCACAGGUAUGUCUGUCAGGUUCAAGCGACCUAAAACAUUCUAAAUACAAUAAGAAAGAAGAAAGAAGACAACAAGAUUGCUUUUACUCGCGAGGAGAACAGAGAUGUACUCAGUUUACAACCUCGAUCCGUUCUGAGUAAAGUCUGCUAUCUCCUCCCUUUUAUUCUGUUGGGGAUUCCCUAGUUACACAGAGCACGUUGCCGCUCUAAGGGGAGGGGGAGCACAACAGCGGCAACGUGACAAUACAAUCUCUAUCUAACCGUGUAUGACAGUGGUGUUGUUGUUUCUGCAUAAUUUAGAAUCCAUGCCCUACAGUAAUUGGUCAAUCCAAGAAAAGACAUCAUUUGCCUUUUGGUCAUAGGUUUUGGUGCUUGUAAUAUUACGUUUUUUCUGUCUUCUAUUAUAGUCUGUCCUGCUGCGGUUAGUUGAUGACCUAGAUAUUUAACAGUCUCUUUACAGAAUUGCAAUUUAUUUUUACUUACUUUAUGGCCUUCUGCUGCCAAAUGAUGUAAUAAAGCUAUGGUAUCUGUUACACAUGUUGUUUUAUCAGGUAAUGCCAGAAGAAUAUCAUCUACAUACAAUACAAUUUGGCUUCCUCCUGGUGGAUUGAACUUGGCCAUGCUAGCAAUCAUGGCUUGUGAAUAAAUAGUGGGGCUUUCGCAAUACCCAUGGGGUAACCUUGUAUAGGUGUAACGUUUUCCUCCAAAGGUAAAAGCAAAUCAGAAUUGGCUUUCUUUAUCCACUGGUACUGAACAGAAAGCAUUGCUUACGUCCACUACUGUAAAAUAAGUGGCAUCAGGCCUUAACUAAUUUAAAAGCGUAUGUGGAUCAGGUACACACGGUGCUCUUUGAAUCGCUGCAUUGUUUACCGCUGGUAAGUCUUGCACCAUUCUCCAGCCAACAGAAGGCGGAGCCUUCUUGACUGGAAAAAUAAGAGUAUUACAUGGUGAAUCUGGACACUCUAUUAUGACUUUUGCUUUUAUUAAAUCAAUUACAGGCUUUUUACUGUACCUUUUGGUAUGCAUCUGGUUUUAGAGGAUAUUGCCGUAGACAAGGUCUAUAUACUGUUUUUCUCUCUAAUUUGUACUGGUAAUGCUCCUUUUAAUUUGACCUACAUCAGAUGGACCCUGUGACCAUAACGUUUCAGGUAUGGUUUAUAGCUGUCCUUCUUCUUCUUCGUCUGUCAAAUCAUACUGUCACUCUACAGGACUCUGAAGGUGUCGUCCUUCUUGUACUUGUACAGUCCGAAAUAUGGCUUUCCUUAGUAAACCUGUAAUAUCACUUUUGUCGACUCCUUCAGGUGUUUGCGCCCAGUCAGUCGCUUGUUGUCCUAAUUGUACUAUUUCUGUUAAAUCUUUCCAUUUUUCACCUUUUGCCUUGUAGAGUGACACAUGUGCUGUUCCCCACUGUCGAUAGUGUUUGUAGGUCUUUUAAUUUAACUCCUGCUACCGCAGUAGUUGAUCCAUCUGAAUAGAUGUAAUCAAUGAGUAUAACUCCUGGUGUUGCUCGCGCCAAAUGUUUUUCAUAUUCUGGAUUUUGCCCUAAAGUACCUCGGUAGUACAGAGUUAUAUGCAAGUUGUCGCUAAUCAUUUUAUCCUCAACAUUUUGCAGUAACGCUUGUCCCUCCUGUAGAAGAUUGGUUCCCACACUUGAGGUGGUUUGUUUGGUAUGUCCAAUGCAUAAUAGUAGGAAGAGAAUUUUUCCGCUUUUACUACAAAUUAGUCUUUUAUUUCAUGUUGCCUUUUAACAAUGAUGUUUCCAUCACUAGUUGGAACUAAAGCUAGUCCCAUGGCUGACAAGCCAUCUCUCCACAGCAGAUUGACAGGACAAUCUGGUACCAAUAAAAUCUGCUGUUUUUAGGAAACAUCAAGUGGUUCGGUUGAAGCCUUGCACUCGGUGUUACAGUUCUCUGCUGUGUAAUAUCACUACACUGCUCCUCAUAUUGUGGUGGAGACACCAGCAGGGGAGGAUACAAUGAGCGUCUACCUUGCUGUCCUUCUUCCCUACUUUACUCAGUUUUUUUUAAACAUUUACUCCCAUCUCAUUAUCCUCUUUAUCUUUAACUUUCACUUCCUCAGUCCCUUCUCUCUUAUUUUUAUCUUCUUUACCUUCUUUACCUUUGCACGUUCAUGUUCUUUUUCUUCUCUCUCCUUCUCUUUUUUGAGCUAUAUUAAGCCAAACUGUCUCUUCAUAUCCUUCUUUCAUCUUUUUAUAAUUAUUUUUCAUCCGCUGAAUUAUCUGGUCCUGUAAUGACACUAUUUCUUGGGAAUUUAAUUGGCCAUCAUACCCGUAUUUAGACACCCAUUUAUCCAGGUAUUUUAACUUAGUUGAAGCUUGUCGUUCUACGAAUCGCCAGUCUUUACUCUAAGUUAUUCUUUAUAUUUUGUUUUACUUUUUCCAUUUCCCAUUUGAAUUCAAUUUGGUCCCAGUUGUGAUGUUAAUUCCUAGGGAAUUCUAAUAACUGGGUUUCCUUUCUGUCAGUGAGGUGGUGAAAAAUUAUCUUGUGGUAAUUCUCAAGCUUCUACCCUGGUGGGGGCGGAGAAUUCUCUGCUUCCACAACAAGUCACCACUGACAGUCUCACCGCUUUGGUAUGAGGUAAGUUUCUAGAGAAACUUCGUCUCCACUGACACUCACAAGCACACAACACGGAAUUUAAAUGCGCAUAGGACUGAUCCGACUGAUAGUCGUUUCCGGGCCACUAUCUGCCUUUUACUCCAACAUUGACUCGUAUCCUUGAAGGUUUUAUUUAGGCUUUUAUUGACUCCGCUCUGUCCUAACACGUUUCACUCAUUCUCUUUUAAUCCCCCCUAAGGAAAUAUAACUCACCAAGUUGUCUUCCCUCUCCGAGGUAUACCGUCAACCAUCAGACUCCAGCCAGUGAGAUGAGAGCCAGUCCCGGAAAGGGUCUGUUUGCCGUGGCCACGGUCUUUCUGGUUGUCGUUUCCUCAGCUGGAAUCCUCAGGUGUCUUGGUAUCCGGCUCGAAGGACCAAAUUAAUGUCAGGUUCAAGCAACCUAAAACAUUAUAAACACAAUAAGAAAGAAGAAAGAAUGUCUUCUUUCUUCUUGUGUGUGUGUGUUCACAUGAACAAACAAUCAAGAGUGUGAAUCUGUAAACAUGCAGCGGGCUCAGAAACAGAAGGUUCAAAAGGUCCGGUGAAUAAGAUGAAAGCACAUCAUAAAUCCAACAGUUACACCAGAACAUUCCAAGCAUCUGUUCUUUAGCGGUUCCUGUUUCUUCUUCUUGAUCUACAAAGAGUGUCUGUGGAUGAGUGCAUAGAAAAGAUAACAAGUAAACAUGACUAAGGAAGGAACAAAAUCAUCUGAGCGCUCAUGCGGUCAAGAGGAGUUUCUUCAUUUCUUCUCCGUAGCCCCAUAAAAUUUUACUGCUCAGACACACACACACACACACACAGGUUAUAGUGGUUCAAACAAAGGAAGAUACAUUCUUUAAGACAAAUAUAUGAUAACAUUUAUAUACAUUUCUCCAACAAUGUCCCCCUUCAAGACUGCUUAUGGUUACCAGCCGCCACUGUUCUCCUCCCAGGGGGCCGAGAUUGCCAUUCCGGCCGUGCACCUGCACCUUUGACGGGCCCGUCGUGUCUGGCGAGACACCCGCCCAGCUCUGGCCCUUACAGCGGAGCGUAACUGACGGUGGGCCGACCGACAUCGCACCCCGGACAAGAGGUGUGGCUGUCGUCCCGGGACUUACACCUGGCUGGCACCCACAAGAAGCUGGCCCCUAGAUUUGUGGGCUCAUUUCCUGUUGAAGCAAUCAUCAACAAGUCCUCUGUAAAGCUGAAGCUACCUCCAUCUCUCAAAGUUCAUCCCGUCUUUCAUGUCUCCCAACUUAAACCAGUCGUCACCAGCCCGCUGUGCCCUCGGGCUGAGGCUCCGCCCCCGCCGCAGGUUAUCGGUGGUCAGUUGGCAUACACCGUGAGAGCCAUUUUAGACUCGAGAAGGAGGGGUAGGGGGUUGCAGUACUUAGUGGACUGGGAGGGAUACGGACCCGAGGAGCGCUCUUGGGUGGCCCGCUCCUGUAUCCUCGAUCCUAUGCUGGUCCGGGAUUUCCACUCGUCCCACCGCAACAAGCCAGAUAUGCCGUAAGGGGGCGUCUUAUAAGAGAGGGUCACGUUACUGUCACGUUCUGUGCGCUGUGUUGCUGCCCCCUCCCUGCUUUUUGUUGCAGCGCACCUCUCCUGCCAAUCACCAGUUAAUUGACGCACCUGCAUCCCAUCUGGCGGCGACUCUUAAGCAGCAAGCUCACCACCACUCGUCGCCAGAUUGUUGCCAGACUCACGUCAUUCCACGGCUCUCUCGAGCAUUCUCAUUUUCCUACUAACUUGCCUCGCCUCGCCUCAGCUGUAUGCUGUUCUGCCUGGACCCCUGCUUAGCGUGUUUUCCAGCAGUGUGAGUACCUCUCUAAAUUAAUCCUGUCUGCUUGGUUUUCAGCAGUGCUUUUGAGUUUGCCUUUUGCUAGUUUCCUCUGCCCUGUGUGUUGGUAGCUCCCUUAGUUCUUGCCUUUUUCCCCUGUGAGCAUUCCGGGUGUUUUGUUUUGGACUUUUACCUUGCUUUUCCCCUUUGUAUCUUUUUCCGUUGCGUGUAAUAAAUAUCCUUACACCACUCAACUCUCGCAUCUUGGGGUCCUAGUUCCGGCAUUCGCCGAAAGCCGAACACAGAUUUUUCUAUUUGUUUGCAUUGAGUACCAUCUUCUGGUUUUUAGGAACAUUACAGCCUGCUAGCUUGAUGCUACUAUCGCAUGGGAAGUUCCAUAGACCGGCAAACCUCUCAUUCAGAAGUGUGUAUGAGAGAGAGAGAGAUGAUUUAGGAUGCAGAAGUACUGUAUUAAGGAAUGCGAAUUAAUCAAAUAUAUUUAAUGUGACAUUAUAUAAUUAUGACCAAUGAGAAUAGCUAAAAAAGACUUUUCUUAGCGAGAGCAUAAAAGUUUGUCAAUUCUAACCAAUACAGUAAAAAAAAGACAAAACAGUACAUGGAACAGGCUCAGCAUGAAUAUAAUCAUACGUGGACCUUGGCAAUCACAGAAAUAUGUAUCAUUGAAACAUUUUUCAAUUGCACCCCAUUUCUUUUAAUAUGAAACAAGCUAAAUAAUUUUAACGUGCUGCAUAAUUUUUAUUGACAAAUUAACAAAUGGAUUUAAAGGUGACUCAACACCAGUUUGUAGAAUAUGAUAAAGUAUCUGCGCCGGCUAGUCCACAAUGUCAGUUGCACAUCAAAACUGCUGGUCUGUUGCUUACCUUGCAGAUGUGUGCUGUGGACUCGCAUUCUUGAAGACAUAUCCGCCCCUGAUGUGUUUGUCAUUUGCUCCUUUGUAUGCCUCCGAUUUGUUACUGAAGUACUCAGAUUUAUCUUAGCAUUUAAAUUAGAAUGUAAUUUAACAGUUUUUAGCAUUUCUAAUCCAAUACAAUAGAAAAAACAAAGAAAACAGUUAUAAUAGGAAAAAAGAAAACAGUGCAUGUAAUAAGCUCAGCCUGAUUAGACUAUAUCAGGCUGGAUCUAAUAAAGAUCUUGAUAUUGACCUUGCUAAUUAAAUGGAUUUAAAGGUAGGUCAAAACCAACAGGCUACUAAAUAUGAAGACUGUUUGCCUUAAAAGAAAAACUGUUAGAGCUGAAACUAAACACACAUGAAGAGGAAUAGAUGUAUUCAGUGCAGCCCUGUUUCAAACUUGCAGGGGGUGCAAACCUCCACCAAACACACUUUGAAUGGAGGGUCUGCACCUCCCUUUUGGCUUGCAGUGACUGAAUACUACAAAAUAAAUACUGCAGAGCCUCUUAAAGAAUGACAUCCCUUCCAAGCACAGAUAAGUAAAUAGAACUAGGGUGCACAUGGGUGCAAUGUAAAUGUUGUGUUAAUUUGGAAAAGUAAACAAUCGCAUACUCAAAAUGUCACAAUAAUAAUAUAAUACGCACCUCUGUUGGUCUGGCUGGUCAAGUUUUGCGCCCUUCUUGUAGAAUCCAAACUUUACUGUUUUUUUUUGGUGAUGUGUUGAAAAUCUUUCAUGACAAGAUAGGUGUUGACUAAUAAAUGCUAGCAGGCAGCCCAGGCUCUUGCAUUGUUUAUAAAACACUGUCAACCAUUUGCUUAUCUCUCGGUACCCGGUGCAUGUCCCCACAACCGAUUAAUCGAAAGAUUUAUGGCAGGGACACUCAGCCAGUUUAAGGGGGCCACAGGUGAUGGACCUGCUAUUGCAGUUGUAUUUGGAUUUACUCAGUGCCCUUUAGUGAAAUUAAUAUUUCCAUUGUAUGAAUUUGCUCUCUUUUGUUGCAAUUAUUUUUGUGUGAACUCUUCACCUCUUACUGUUUCAUCUUCACUGCACCUAGCUAGAUGUGUUCAGGUCGGCCUGUCCGCGCAAUCUUGCAGCUGGCACUUCCCGAGAAACAGGAGUGUCGACUCCCAUAGAAAAUAUCCUCACUCAUGUCCCUUCACACACUUGUUAUAUAUACUUUUGAACAGACAGCAUGGCGCUCUCUUCAAUUCUGACUCGAAGCUUUGAUAACAAAAUAGACAAAAGACAACUUGGUUUCUGUGGAAAAUCUUUAUUGAUAGAAAUAAUUGCCAAAAUUACUUGAUGUCAGAAAGUGGGAUCCCUGGCUUGAUCUCCGGCCCUACGACAGAUGGUGAUUGACGCUCCAUGCCUCCUUCCCAACACAUUCUGAAUGAGAGGACUACCCGAAAGUCGGACUCCGACUGGUCGCCACGGGAUUCCACCGAACCCUUUUUGGGGCAAAUCCUGAAUCACAAACAUUAGUAAAUUUGUUAUUUUGUCCGGCUGAAACCUUUUGCACAGUGGCUGAAUCUCCAUGUGAUACCACUACAUGCCAAAGAAAAUAAGAAGUACUCUUAUUUUGGUAUAACAGCUACAACUUCGGCUGUCAAGGACGUAAUUUCCUUAAGUGCAGAAGUCGGAGACUUAUCUUGUAUAAGGCUCCAGACAGAGUGUCCUGUCGCGUAAGGCAUUAAAUGUUGUUGUCGGGGUGGGGAAAAUGUUCCUGACCUGGAAACUUGGGCAUUCCAUCAAAUAAUAGUAAGCUGAGUGCAGAUGGUGUUGCAUGGAAUUCAGCGCUGAUAAAAGAAAUGCUCAGAAAACAUGGAAAAGAAAGUGUCAACUUUAUUGAAGUGUGGGUGAGUCAGUUUGGUUUUCCAAGUAAAGGGAAGAUUGAACCAACGUCAACUCUCGGCGUUGCAUGAAAGAAAAAAAGUUGAGGGGGAAAUCGAUCAAAACAAACAGAGAAAAUUGAGCAACAUGAAGAAUGUUAGAAAAUAGAUAAAGAUAAUGAAAUAUAAUAAAGUAUAUCUAUCUACACCAGCCCAGGGUGUACCCCGUCUGUCGCCCGAAGUCAGCUGGGAUUAAGCUCCAGCAUGCCCCUGCCACCCUAAUGAGGAGAAGCGGCAUAGAAAAUGAAAGCGCUCCGCUCGACUGACUGGGAGCGUCUCCUGCCGACACGCUGUUUAUAGAAGUAUAGAGGAAAGGAAAGGUGGAUGCGACUGAGGACGCUAAAGUCACGCCCCAGUAGUUAUAUAGGUAAAUUUUAUGAAAUGGCGCCAUCUAUCCAUCCGGGCGAGGACUACCGUGGCGCAGCAACAUCCAGCGUGUCACAAGGAAAGCUGGUCAUCUUACGCUCCUUGCAGUAAAAACAUUGCAGACAACUACUACCCAACUACAUCACCAACAUGGACGACGUGCCGCUCACUUUCGACAUCCUGGUGACCCGCACUGUAGAGAAGCAAUACAGCGAUACACACAACGGGGCACGAGAAGUCGGCUUUUACUGUUGUGGUUGGUUGCCAUGGUAAUGGACAGAAACUGCUACCUGUGGUGGUUUUUAAGAGGAAGAUGCUGCCUUAAAAAAGGUUUCCAGCCGGACCAAUCAAAGGGGAUGGAAGGACAAGGAGAAAGUGGCUGAGUGACGUGUACGGAAAGAGACCGGAUGUUUUUUUCACACGUCACCACAGCGGUAGUGUUUUGGAGCUAAUGCUCUUAAAAUUAGAUGUUUGAGGUACAUAGUUGUUGUUGUUCUACAAAAAUAGUGGUAGUGUCUGUUUUGUCUUUCUGAUUUGCUUUGUGAUGUUUUUAGUUGUGCACCAUGACAGACUGUUGUGCAACAUGACUGAGACUGUUGUGUUGAGUGAUGACCAUCCUGAUUUCAAGUGGGUUUGAUAAACUGAAUGAGUGUUCUGCUCUUAAUUUAUCUAAAGAAAUAAAGCAUUGUCGCUUCCUCACUGACUUCUGAGUGAAACGGUAUGUUUUAGCGUGCAUAGCUGCGCCCAAUAAUACGGUGCGCCUUGUGUAUGUGUUAAAUACAGAAAUGGCACCUGUAGCUGAGACUCCGCCUUUUAACACGGUGCGCCUUAUGGUCGUGAAAAUAUGGUAGGUGAUAAAAAGGAAAGUCGCAUGUUAGAACCAAGGAUGUAGACAGGAUCAUUCGAGGCAGUGACAGAACGACUGGCAGCCACGUCACUCAUGACCUUCCAGAACCGCAUUGCGCUGGAUGGGUUGUUAGCAUAUCGACAGGGACUAUGCUCCAUGUUUGGUGAACAGUGCUGCACCUACUGUACAUCCCUAACAACACUGAUUGCGCGCGUUAGCGUACCUGCUCAAUUUCUGGGUUAAAGGCAUUGAACACCAGGAUGAAGGAGCACUCUGGUGUGGAUACCAGCUCAUGGAGUGACUGGUUCAGGAGACUGUGUGGCCAGUGGACCCCCUGCGUGGUGGCAGUCCUAAUCUCACUUGCGGUUGCCCUUGUCUUGUGCAUGUUUUGUGGAUGUCAUUGUGUGCCUGUUGUUAAGAUUACUAUUUCCAGGACAGUGGACGCAGCUUUAGCACCCAUGUCUUCCAACAUAAGUGAAUUGUACCCCCUACUGGCAACCACGGCUGAUGAUGAUGGUGAUGACACGUCCAAUGAAGGUUAUCUAUCGUUAUCAGGUCUGUAUCCGGAUGAAGUGAGUUCUUGUGACAACCCCAUCGCUUCCGUCUGAGUGUAAAUACAUUUACUGAUUGAUGAUCUUAAGUGAAAGCUGAAAAGAGAGCCUAAAUAGUGAUAAGAUUUCAGAUAUAUGUGUGAUAAACAGGAGGGAAAUGUUGGAACUGGACAUAAAUUAACCAGCAAUAUAGUUAUCACUCAUAUAUUGUAGUAGUGUGUUUGCCCUUUAGAAUUGUCAGUUUUAGGAGUACAGCGGUGACCCGACUUAUGCCACCAGUUUCUCGAUGACCUCAUCGCGCUUGCUGUGCUCAUCAAGAAGCGACUACAUGAUCGUGAGGUGGAUCGGAGCCUACACCGGGGGCGGGACCCCGUCAGCCUAGAGGCCUCGGCGACCAUCUUCCUACCAGUAUCCCGCUGCCAUUCACGAAGUUACCGCCGGCACGGGCUGCCGACGAGCCGGUGCAACUGGGAGGAAGCCGCCAGCCGAGAGGAGGCAGUGCACCCACUGCAUCUCUGCAUUUACUGCGGCCAGGCAGACCACACAAUCAGCCGCUGUCCCAUCCGCCCUGACAACCACCACUCACAAGCUUCUCGACCCCCCCGUAUGGGUUCACCGCAGAGUGCCUCCUCGCCGGUGCGUGCUGCGUCUGACCCAGCAACCAGCCGCCUGCAGCUGACAGGUACGCUCACUUGGUCGGAGAAGGACAUAGACAUCAAUGCAUUUAUUGACUCAGGAGCGGAUGAUUGUUUCAUUAAUGAGACGCUAGUUAAACGUCUUGCCAUACCUGUUGCUAAGUUACCUACCUCCAAAAUACUGUAGUUCGCUCCUUGGAUGGGCACCCUCUGGCGUGUGUCACGCAACAAACUCACCCUCUUUCCCUCCGCGUGUCGGGCAAUCACCACAAAAUCAUGAAAUUUCUUGUUAUCCCCUCACGCUCUGCUCCCAUCGUUUUAGGACUUACUUGGCUGCACGCACAUAACCCCCACAUUGAUUGGACCAAAUAAUCUAUUAUAAAAAGGAGCGUGUUCUGUCACUCGCACUGUCUUAGGUUGGUGUGUCCUUGCUCCUCCUCCACGCGCUGCACCACCCUCGAGGAAAUAGAUCUUUCCCUCGUCCCCUCAGUCUACCACGACCUACGAGAGGUCUUUAAGGAUAGGGCUUGCUCCCUUCCGCCACAUCGCCCCUACGACUGUUGCAUUGACCUCCUGCCGGGCGCAGUGCUCCCCACCACCUGCUUGUAUAACAUCUCUCAACCAGAGAGAGAGGCUCUCGAGGAGUACAUUUCUUCCUCUCUCACUUCGCUCCGUCGUCAUCAGCCUUAGCGGCAGGAUUUUUUUUUUAUAGAGAAGAAGGACCAAUCGCUGCAUCUCUGCAUAGAUUUCCGGGCCCUUAACGACUUUACGGUUAAAAAUAAAUAUCCUAUAACCCUUUAUUAGACUCGGCCUUCAAUUCGCUCUAUGCUGCUAAUUGUUUUUCCAAAUUUGACAUCCGCAACGCAUACCACCUUGUCCGGAUUUGUGAGGGGGAUGAAUGGAAGACGACUUAACAGCUCCCUCGGGCAUUUUGAAUACUUAGUUAUGCCCUUCAGGGUCACUAACGCCCCCGCCGUCUUCCAGAAUUUUCUUAAUGACAUCCUUUGCGACAUGCUGGGUUGUUUUUUUGUUUGUACUGUAUCUGGACGAUAUUCUAGUUUAUUCCCGCACACUGGAGGAGCACGUUCAGAAGGUCUGGUUGGUGCUCCAAGAAAACAGGCUGUUUUUUAAAGCAGAGAAAUGUGCAUUUCACACAAUCUCUGUCCCCUUCCUUGGGUUUAUAGUGGAAAAAGGGCAACUUAAAGCCAACCCUGCCAAGAUCCAGGCUGUGGUCGAGUGGCCUGUUCACACAUCAAGAAAGCUCCUUCAGAGGGUCCUACAUUUCGCUAACUUCUACUGUCGUUUCAUUUGAGAUUUUAGCCGGGUAGCAGAACCUCUGACCAAGCUCACAUCAACCAAGGUGCCGUUUACUUGGACCACUAAUGCUAACUCCGCAUUUUCCAAACUUAAAUCAUUAUUCACCAGCACUCCAGUACUCAUCCACCCUGAUCCUUCUCAGUUUUUUGUCGAGGUGGAUGCAUCCGACACCAGCGUGGGGGCGGUCCUUUCUUAGCGCUCCACUGCUGACAGGAAGCUGCACCCCUGUGCCUUCGUCUCAUGCCGCCUGACUGCUGCAGAACGCAACUACGACAUUGGCAACUGGGAGUUAUUGGUCGUGGUUCUGGCGCUGCAAGAAUGAAGGCACUGGCUGGAGGGCUCGGAACUCCCCUUCGUGGUUCUCUCAGACCAUAAGAACCUGCCGUACCUGCGCACAGCCCAAAGGCUCAACCUAAGACAGGCACGGUGGGCACUCUUCCUUACAAGAUUCAAUUUCUCUAUGACUUUUUGCCCAGGCUCCCAAAAUGGCAAGCCGGAUGCCCUCUCCUGGCUGAACUCCCCGCUGACUGAGGACACCCAUCUGGAGACCAUCGUUCCCCAAUCCCGGUUCCUGGGCGCCCUCCAGUGGGACAUUAAGAAGCGGGUGGCAGAUGCACUCAAGGAUGACCCGCUGCCCAAGGGGUUGUCCGGCUGGGCGUUGGUUUGUAACUACAAACCAACUCCAAGGCUCCGCUCUGACGUCCUGUGUUGGGCAUGUAACUCCAAGAUGGCCUGUCACACGGGGGUUUCUCACAAUCUUCCUUCUGACUCAAUGAUUCUGGUGGCCAUCGCUACGAGUGGAUGAGAGAGUUUAUAAUUGCCUGCUCCGUCUGUGUCCGAAAUAAGUCGUCCCACCAGGACUUCUGCGAUGGCUCCUCAUUCCUUCCCGCCCUUGGUCCCAUGUGGCAUUGGACUUCGUCACCGGACUUCCCCCUUCCAAUGGCAACACUGUCAUCCUUACCAUAGUGGACCGAUUUUCAAAAAUGGCCCAUUUCAUCGCUCUUCCCAGGCUGCCCUUGGCUCUCAAGACGGCGGAUCUAUUUGUGCAUCACAUCUUCGGGUUGCACGGCAUCCCAUUGGACGUGGUCUCAGACAGGGGACCACAGUUCACCUCCUCCUCUAGGAGGCGUUUUGCAAGGCCGUGGGAGCCUCUGUCAGCUUAUCAUCUGGUAUCAUCCACAAACUAAUGGCCAGACGGAGCGGGCCAUCCAUGACCUAGAGGCCGCCAUCUGCUGCGUCUGCCACCAGCAGCCUCCCGUGGAUUGAGUCCUCCCACAACACCCUCACUUGCUCCGCCACAGGCAGGUCCCUUUCCAUGCCGCCUACGGGAACAAACCCCCAGUCUUCCCUUCACUGGAGUCGGAGUCCGUCGUGCCGUCGGUGUCUGCACAUCUGCGCCGUGCCCACCUGACUUGGCGCAAUACCCCGGCUGCACCAACUACAGUAUGAAACUGGACAAAGGGUAUGGCUGUCGUCCCGGGACCUCCCUCUCCACACCACCUCGAAGAAUAUUCAACCUGGGUUUAUUGGUCCAUUACCCAUUGAGCGGGUCAUCAAUCCCUCAUCCAUCCAAUUGUGACUCUCAAAAGAUGCAUCCCACAUUCCAUGUCUCCCUCUGUCGCCUCCAGCGCCCUGAGCCGUCUGGAGGUGCUUCCUCCUCCUCCCAGACUAGUCGAUGGUCACCCGGCUUUCACAGUCAAGGCCAUUUUGGACGUGAGAAGAAGUCGACUGGGAGGGGUAAGGCCCCGAGGACCGCUCCUGGGUCUCGCGCUCACUUAUACUCGACCCCACCCUCCUGUCUGAAUUUUAUGACUGCUUACUUGAGAAGCCAGAUAGGCCGCAGGGGGCGUCCAUUGGGGGGGAACUGUCAUAGUUUACUUCCUGUCUUUGCUAUCUGCUUUUCCCUGCCUUCUCCUGGGUGUAUUCUUUUCUGUUGCAGGAGCCCUUUCUCCGGCUGGAGGCAGGCCUUAAUGGGCACACCUGCCUCUGAUUAAGCUGAUGGACUGCACCUGGGAGAUGCUGGAUUAUUCCUUGCAGUUUGUACCACAGACAUGGACAACUGUAUUCUAGCUUCUUGGACCUUGAUCAUAUUUCUCGUUUUCCUGGCUUAACUCAUGCUCUCCUCCUGAGGACCUAGCCCUUCCCGGUGUCUCCCAGAGUGUGCGCCCAGUGCACACACUCCCGUCUGGAACUCUCUCAGCCUUCCACCAAGUUUUGGUAUUCAUGGUGCUUUUCUGUUCUGCUACUUGACCCAUGCACCAUCGCCUUUUGUUCGCUUUAAACUCUAUUAAAGACUCACUUAC